AUGGCCAGCACGUUGUUCAGAUCACUCUUUGCUCCGGCGAUGAGGCCAGCGACAUUUCCGCGCGCUGCAUCCCUCUUCACGUCAACCGUGGCCCCCUUGAUCCGCCCCUUUUCAUCUACCCCCGUUCAGAAUGCCACCAUCAUGCAGGUCCUGAGAGGAUGUCAUAAGAAGGGCAAGCGCGCUCGUCACGCUGUCUCCCCCGCCCUGUCCGAGAUUGAGGCUCCCGCCCUCAAGGGCGUCUGCCUCAAAGUUGGUAUCAUCCGCCCGAAGAAGCCCAACUCCGGCCAGCGCAAGACCGCUCGUGUGCGCCUCUCCAACGGCCGCCACGUCACUGCCUACAUUCCUGGCGAAGGCCACAAUAUUCAGCAGCACAGCGUUGUCCUCGUUCGUGGCGGUCGUAGUCAGGAUUGUCCCGGUGUACGAUACCACCUUGUCCGUGGCGCUCUCGAUCUUGGCGGUGUGGCGAACCGUGCCAGUUCUCGCUCAAAGUACGGCACGAUGAAGCCCAAGAAGGCCACAGUGAGCUAA